ACCUCUCCCACCUACACUCACUCUCCCUCAAUAUGCAAUCCGACUUCGAACAGAUGCUGGCCCAAGCAGGCGGGCGCGGUCAGGGCGGGGAAACUACGGUUCCCGACAACGGAGAGACGAUACACAUCUCUUCACUAGCGCUCCUCAAGAUGCUGAAGCAUGGGCGCGCCGGUGUACCCAUGGAAGUCAUGGGCCUAAUGCUCGGAGACUUCGUGGAUGAAUAUACGGUUCAGGUUAUCGACGUCUUUGCGAUGCCUCAGUCAGGAACAUCAGUCUCGGUCGAGUCGGUGGACCAUGUGUUCCAGACCAAGAUGGUGGACAUGCUGAAGCAGACAGGACGAUCAGAGAUGGUCGUCGGCUGGUAUCACUCGCAUCCAGGAUUCGGAUGUUGGCUGUCUAGUGUUGACAUCAACACGCAACAGUCCUUUGAGCAACUGGACCCGCGGUCGGUUGCUGUCGUCGUUGACCCCAUUCAGUCUGUGAAAGGGAAGGUCGUGAUUGACGCUUUCCGGCUUAUCAACCCUGCCACUGUCCUUCAAGGACAAGAACCACGACAGACGACAUCGAACAUCGGGCACAUCAACAAGCCAUCAAUACAAGCCCUCAUCCACGGCCUCAACCGGCAUUAUUACUCAAUUGCGGUUGAUUACCGGAAGUCCGAACUUGAGCAGUCGAUGCUCAUGAAUCUUCACAAGCGCAAUUGGACCGAAGGGCUUACGCUUCGUGACUUCAAGGGACAUAAGGAGGCCAACGAGAAAGCCAUUAAGUCCAUGUUGAGCCUCUCGGCAGCAUACAACAAAUCCGUGCAGGAAGAAUCCACACUUACGUCAGACCAAUUGAAGACACGGCAUGUUGGCAAACAGGAUCCGAAGCGGCAUCUAGAGGAACAAGUGGAGAAGGCCAUAGGGGACCAGGUGGUUCAGAACCUUGGAGCCAUGUUGUUGGCUGAGCUGUAGACGUUACCAUGGACUAAUGCAGGUAUAUUGUAUGAUCAACAUGGCAUGCGUGCUUUCGUGUUCUCAUAUCAGGCGAAAAUCGGGAUGGGGAGAAAUGCUAAGGCAUCGUCAUGCGUUGAAUGUAUACGAUCGGACCUAUGGCACAGUGUUUGCCUACAUGUCUGGCGACGCGAACGAUACUUCACCGGCCAUUAUGACCCUCAGGCUGCAGCUGUAAUGAGAAUCGACUAUUGCGUACCCAUCGAAUCACUUCCCCGUUACUGAAUGGAGGACGGCGCAACUCCGGAACCCGUGGUGGGGUCAUCGCAGUGUAAGCAACCUUCCCGUCCUACACUAAACCCUGAC